UACAUCAAGUUCCCCAGAACAGGAUCCAUGUAACCUUCGCUGCUCCUGCUCAAAGUAUCUCUUCCAUCCAGUCUGCGGAGAUGAUGGUGUGGAGUACCUCUCUCCCUGUCACGCUGGCUGUAGUGGUUUCUUCUCUAAUUCUUCAGUCUCUGGAAUUAUCUAUACAAAUUGCUCCUGUAUCUCCACCAAGAAUGGACAAUCUUCAGCAAAGACUGGAUCUUGCCCUGUUAGCUGUGCCCAUCUGUUGUUGCCUGUUAUAUUCGUCAUUUCAUUUUCUGCAUUGAUUGCCUGCCUUUCUCACAACCCUCUCUACAUGAUGGUGUUACGAGUGGUGUCCUAUGAUGAAAAGUCUUUUGCUAUUGGAAUCCAGUUCCUAUUGAUGAGAUUACUGGCCUGGUUGCCAGCUCCUACCCUCUUUGGCAUCCUCAUUGACUCUUCCUGCACAUGGUGGAAGAAAGCCUGCAAUAGUAAGAGUGGAGCCUGCCAUUAUUAUAACAACAGCUUCUUCCGCAGCAG